UGCGCGCCCCGCCCCCUCGAGCUGGGAUACGUCGAGAGCCCAACAUCCGAGGACUUUGGCCCAGAGUAACUGGGCUCGAGUGACCUUUCCCCUUCAUCCCGCAAGUCUAGCUGCCGGCGGUGGGGGGAGUGGGCGGUUGGGCGCCGGUGUCGGUCCCUCCCGAGCCCCAGCCGUCCCCCUCCCGGGCCCUCCGUGCUUCUCGUCAUGGCGGCCCUCAGCAAGUCCAUCCCUCAUAACUGCUACGAGAUCGGCCACACAUGGAGCCCUUCCUGCCUGGUCUCCUUCCUGCAGAUCACUAGGGACGCCCUGGAGGAGUCCCUGAAGAUCUAUGCCCCUCUGUACUUGAUUGCAGCAAUUCUCCGGAAACGAAAAAUUGACUAUUAUUUAUACAAACUACUCCCUGAGAUCCUACAAUCUGCUUCAUUUCUGACUGCUAAUGGGGCCUUCUAUAUUGCUUUCUUUUGCCUUCUCAGGAAGAUCCUUGGAAGAUUCUACUCAUGGACUCCUGGCUUUGGUGCCGCUUUACCAGCAUCUUACAUAGCCAUUCUAAUUGAAAGGAAAAGCAGGAGAGGACUGCUCACAAUUUAUAUGGCCAACUUGGCCACAGAAACACUAUUUAGAAUGGGGGUGGCAAGAAGAACCAUUACAACAUUAAGAAAUGGAGAGGUCCUUUUGUUCUGCAUCACAGCGGCCAUGUAUAUGUUCUUUUUCAGGUGCAAAGAUGGUUUGAAAGGAUUUACAUUUUCAGCACUUAGGUUUAUUGUAGGGAAGGAAGAAAUUCCCACACAUUCUUAUUCACCAGAGGCAGCAUAUGCAAAAAUGGAACAAAAGAGAGAGGAACAUAAGGAAAAACCAAGAAGAAUGAAUAUAAUCGCUGUAGUUAAGAAAUUUGUGGAUUCAAUAUGUAAGCAUGGACCAAGGCAUAGGUGUUGCAAACACUAUGAAGAUAAUUGCAUCUCUUAUUGCAUUAAAGGCUUUAUCAGAAUGUUCAGUGUGGGAUAUUUGAUCCAGUGCUGCCUCAGAAUCCCCUCUGCAUUCAGGCAUCUGUUUACACAGCCAUCCCGGCUACUUUCCCUAUUCUACAAUAAAGAAAACUUCCAGCUCGGAGCUUUUCUUGGCUCUUUUGUUAGUAUAUACAAGGGUACUAGUUGCUUCCUGCGCUGGAUCAGAAAUCUGGAUGAUGAACUACAUGCUAUUAUAGCUGGAUUUUUGGCAGGAAUAUCAAUGAUGUUUUAUAAAAGCACAACAAUUUCCAUGUAUUUAGCUUCCAAAUUGGUGGAGACAAUAUAUUUCAAAGGCAUCCAAGCAGGGAAGGUUCCCUAUUUUCCUCAUGCAGAUACUAUCAUUUACUCGAUCUCUACUGCAAUUUGUUUCCAAGCAGCUGUAAUGGAAGUUCAGAACUUGCGACCAUCUUACUGGAAGUUCCUUUUAAGGCUCACCAAGGGAAGAUUUGCUAUAAUGAAUCGAAAAGCCCUUGAUGUUUUUGGUACUGGUGCAUCUAAACAUUUUCAGGAUUUCAUCCCCAGAUUGGAUCCAAGAUAUACAGUUGUAACACCAGAAUUACCCAUAGAGUUUUCUUGAAGACAACUAUAAUUUAUUUAUGUGGCUAUAUGUCUCAUCAUUUUAUGCUGAAGAGUUAAUUAUGUUUAACACAAAGAAGGGGGCCCAAGCUCAAACUUCAGCGUUAUUUCAUUGAGAGAUCUUUUUGUUGUUGUUUUUUUACCAAUCAGAAAUACAGAAGCUUUUUAGGAAGGUGUUGCUUAAUAAUUAAGCUUCCUCUAUAGCCAGAAUAUAAUUCUGAAAUCACAAUAGUGGUUGACAUUAUGAUGUAUUAUUGAUUAAAUUAUGUCCACAAACAAUCUGGAGUGAUCUAUGUAGAGUAUACUUAAAAUUACUUUAAAAGAUACUUUUGGUUCAUUCCAAUAUAAUUCCUGGUUAAAACUAAGAAUAUUUAUACAUUUUAGGAUUUACAAAGGAUCACGGGUACAUGGAUUUGGUCUGUAUUUUUUUAAAUUUGAAUUGUUAUUUGUAGUAGUGGAAUGUUAGGUUUGAAGGAAUCUCCAUCGACAGUGCUGCUUCAGUAUAGAGCAAUAUAAUUGGAGAAGAAAGCAGCCAUUUGUAUUUCAGGGAUGUUAAAAUGGGUCUUAUCCCAUAUAGGUGAAUGUUGUGGUAUCCGUACUAUUUCUGUCAACUGAUAACACCAUUUCUCCAUGACCAGCUAAGCUGUUUGGCAGCCCAGUGAACCUACAUAUUGAUUGGUUAGAGACAAAUGGAAAGCCACACAUCUGAUAUAGUUGAAAUGUAUGUUUUAAUCUUUUACAAUAGGAUUACACUUGAAUAUUUUAAAACAAAUAUUUUAAACCUACAGAAAUAUAUAUAUAUAUAUUUUUCAUUUAUAGAGACUGAAUUCUUUAUUGUUCAGUUUGUAUGGUGUUGUUUUGGAAGAGAUCAAAGUCCUAUAGAUCAAAAGUCUUGUCAAGUUUAGCAGUUUGUACCUUCUCAACUGUUUCUCCUAAGUAAUGGAUGUUUUACAACUAAAAACAGUAUUCAAAUCCAGUGGUUAUUAAAAAGUCCAUUUUAUUAUUAAUUGGAUUCAUAUUCUCCAGCUUCCUUUUCAGAAAUCACUGUCAUUGUUUUCACUGUGGAUUAAAGAAGUGACAAAAUAUAGUCAUUGUUGAUUAUAAAAGUAAUUCAGGACAGCUGAUGGAAAUAUGAUCACCAUUUCAAGUUUUUCAGGGAAAGGUUAUACAUCUCUAAAUAAGAAGCUUACAUGGUUGUGAUGUCUACAGUUAAUGUAACAUAUAAGAAUGGUGGUACUUUUUUUUAAAUAUAAUUUUGUUGCUAAAAGUUUUAGGCCAUUGUAAAUUAUUCAGUAGAACAUGUGUUGCAGCAGGAAUUAUAAUCCAGGUGUUAAAAAUAAUUAAUCCCAUAUUUGAUUCUAUCAAGCAUUGUACACUUCUGUUUCUAUAUAAUCUUACCCUUGGUUGCUAUGGCAAAUUGAAACCCAGCAAAAAGACAGACUCUAUUCCUAUGGUAACAGAGAGCUGCUGUUUGUGAAAAUUUCACAUAGUGAUUAACUUUUGAGAGUGGACUUAUCUCUUUGGCAAUACUGUUAAAAGAUCAUUUUGGUUUCAGACUUCAACUUUGAUUAGUAAGUGUAAAUUUAAAUUUUUAUUCACUGGAAUCAAAAUGAUGAUUGGUACUGUGUUUACAUUUAAAAAUUGAAGUAUUAAAGCACUGAAAAAGCACAGCUACCUACACCUCAUUUUUUUUCUGUUCAGAAUUUAUGUUUAUAAUAUUUUUCCUGUUAGGUUAAAAAUAUAUUUUAAUCCAUAAGUUGUUAUUUUCACUGAAUUAAAGACUGAUACUGAAAGACAAAUUCUGUUUCAACUUGGUGACAUUGUAUAGUAAAAAUUUGCUGGUCAAAAA